AUGGAUGUAUAUUUAUCAUAUAUUUACUUUAGACUGUUUCAGAUAUCAAUCCAAGACCAUUCCUUGAAGAAAUCACAAGAAAACAAAUCAUAGUCAGAUUAAAAUGGGGAUGGGAAUUAAGAGGUAAUAAUAAUUAUUUAAUCUAGGGGUUUUAAAAAGCUCAGACUAAUACAUGAACUUGCAUGUAAUUUUAUUUCUAUAAUUCUAUAGAUGCUGAAUACAGAAGAGUACGUUGAUGGAAAAAGUAGAGGAAUUUUAGGAGAAGUAUUGGUAAGAUGUAAUAAUGUUUUGUACAUCAGACAAUGUCCUGACGAAAAAUGAU